AUGGGCGCGGGCGGGAGUUUUGACCAAAGCGCUUAUCGGAACUAUUCUCCCAUGUUUUUACCGGCUGGCUACGCAAUCACAUUCGGUGUAGCCUUUGCUAAUUUGACGGGCAUCUUCUUCCACGUCGCGUUGUACCAUGGCAAAGACUUGUGGCAACAAUGGAAGGGCACCAGUAAACACGAUGUCCAUAGUCGGCUGAUGUCGUCAUAUCGGGUCGUACCUUGGUGGUGGUUUGCUGCAGUAACUGUCCUGAUGUUUGUCUUGAGCAUUGUGACCAACGAAAUGUGGCACACAGGCUUACCGGCAUGGGGUGUGCUGGUGGCAUUCGUGUUGCCAGUCGUCUACUUUAUCCCUGUAGGAGUCUUCAAAGCUCUCACUAAUAUCAGCAGUAAUCAACUCAACCUGCUCACGGAGUUCGUUGGCGGAUAUACCUUUCUCGGACAGCCAGUGGCCAACAUGGCUUUCAAAUUCGAUGGCUACGUCGCCGUCCAGCAAGGACUCGAAUUUGUCGCUGAUAUGAAGUUGGCUCAUUAUAUGCACAUCGCCCCACAGCUUUCAGUUGUAACCCAAGGCCUUGCCACCCUCAUCGGAGCUAUCGUUCAAUGUGGUGUGACAGUGUUCAUGAUCACCAGAAUUGAUGGCGUGUGCGCCCCUGAGGCCGAGGGAAACUUCAUCUGUCCUCACGGAAAGGUUACAUACUCUUCGUCUCUCAUUUGGGGUGAGUUCUAUUAG